CUUUUGAAGCGGCCUGUCAUGUGCUUCUGUUGGUACACCUGGCAGGUUUGUUUACAUCGGCGAACGUGAAUGAGAGGAAGGGAGAAAAAGUCUAAAAGCCCAAUAAAAGCAGAAAGAAGAAGAAGAAGAGAGGAAGGAGGAGGGAUGGCAUUACGGCAAGACGGAGGGAAAUACCUGUUACCUAAAUCUUGAUGAGUUUUGUUUGAUAUGCUAAAAAAGGGCAAGAUGGCAUGCCGUAGGAAAGAAAUGGGAAUAUCAAACCUGGUGGUCCAGUGCGGCAGCCUGGCUUCGAUCCUGGAGAAUUCUCUGGGAGUGCAUGGGAAAGCUGUGCUAAUGGAAAAGAGCGGUAAUGUUAUCAUAACUCAAGAUGGAACAGAACUACUUAAUUCAUUGGCUAUAAAUGAUCCUGUUUUGAACAUUGUCACUCGGGGCAUAGUUGACCAGGUAAGAGUAUUUGGGGAUGGAUGCAAGACGAGUUUCUUGCUUUUACGACGCCUUCUAGAUUCUCUUGAUGGCCAUGUUGCCUUAAGCCCUGGUGUUCCUCUUUCCAUGAGGAGACAAAAAAUGAUACAAAAGAUAAUACAUGUACGCAAAAAUAUUCUACCUUAUAUCGAAGAUGAUGUGAUCAAGUACGGUGCUCAUGUUCUUCCUCUCCGCAGUUUUGAAGCACUCGGAGAAAUUUUGCUAAAUACUUCUCAGUCCUUCUUCUCAACGAAAUUUUCAAAACUUAUAUCUAAGACUCUUGCUCAGUUAUUGUUAACAUAUAUACUGAGUCAGUGCAGUAGUACUGGGGAACUUAUAAAGCUACUUGAUGACUUAGCUAAUAAUGCUCAUAUUGCAGUAGUGGAAGUAUAUAAAUUACCACUGCUGAAGUCACAAGUUGUGCCUGGAUUUUUUAUCACAAGAGAUUUUAAAUACCUAGAAAAAAACAUGCAACUAGAAAAUGUGCCAUUUGUAUUGUGGUCAAUAGCCUUGGAAGAAAAGAAGGAUGAAGGUCAGUCCAAAGCAAUAAUUGAAACUGCUAAUGAUCAUGUACUGAUGAGAAGUAUUUUUAUACAGAACCGACUGGUUGAUUCAUGGCUGGCAUCUCUUCAUGGAUUAGGUGUGAAAAUGAUAUUUUCAUCAGUUUAUUUCCCUGACUGGGCUGUGUCUGUCUGUAGGAAAUACAGACUUUCUCUCAUAGAUAUGAUUGAUGAAAAAGAAUGGAAUUUUGUGAUGAUAAAGACAGGACUUACACCCAUUGUAAUUCAAAAUGAUAUCAAUUCAGGAUCCAUUAGAAUAUUUGAAAAAGUAGAGCCAGUGGCUCAUGGUUUAUCCAGAUUUGUAAAUCUUCAUGGCCUGAAUAUGCACCAGAUAGUCCUCUGUGGUCCAACAAUUACUCAGUGCCAUCAGUUUUCUACAGCUUUUCUUAAUCUUUUCAAGUACUUGCAUUGCUGGAUGUCUGACUGCUUGAAACAACUGAGUCCCUAUAUAGAAUCAAAGCAAGAUAAUUAUCCUUUUAAAUAUGAUUUCCUUUGUAAUAGAGAUUUGGGUUAUCUCACUAAAUCAGUCUCACAGGUUACAGCAAAGAGUUCAAGCUCCCAUGUGAUGCCUUUACACCAGUGUGAGACUCUAUUCCAAGUACACAGAGGAGAAAGCAUUCAAAGGAAUCUCUCGGUGGAACUAGAUCUAGUCAUCCGUCCUCAGGGUGUGAUCCCUGUCUUAUUUUCAGUGCCACAUGGCAGCUACAUGCAUCUAUUGGCCAGAUAUUUAGUUGAAAAUGACGUCUCAGUAAAGAUUGACGAUAAAAUUGUUAAGGCUAUAUUGAUGGAGGUCUUAGAUGAAAUUCCAUGGUUGUUACAUAGAAAAGCAAGGCUGACUAGAGAGAGGUAUAUUCAGUUUCAGAUGAGAUUUAAUUACAAUUUGAAAAAUGUGAUAGAGAAGGGUCAGGUCCCUGCUAUGUCAUAUAUGAUGGAUGAAUUUACAUUUACGGGACACCAAAAUCCAUUUAUGUUUUUCAAAAUAUUAGACUCUGUUUUGCAUUUUGCUGAAUACAUAUUAAGAAUAGAGUGCAUUGUCCCAGCUCAUGGUAGAAUUUCCAGUCAAGAAGGAAAUUGUGAAAGUGACGAGAGUGAUAAUGAUUAAAUUUAUAUUAUUAUAUUUUUCAGAUUGGUUAAAACAGAUUUUUUUUUUUUUUUUACCUCAGAAUGACAGAAGUUACAGUUGUGAAAGUCAUGUAACUAUUUUGAAUUGUCCCCAUUUGUGAUGAAAAUUCAAUUGCCUUUGUAUUUAUUUUGUUAUUUUAUAUUUCACUAUAGAAAUAAGUGAACUAUGUGAUGUUGGUUGUGAAGGUUGAUUUAAGACAAUUAAUGAAAAGCACAAAAAGAAGCAAAUGACAUAGUGCCUUAGUUGAGUGCUUCAUUGCUUUCAUAGUAGUGAAAGACAUUUUCUACUGUUAUUGCUAAGAUAUUUUGUACCAGUCAGAGAGCAUAGAAGUAGCAUUUACAACUUUUUUAUGUCUUUACUGUCUCAAGCUAGCAUAAACAAAUCUUUAACUGUAAUUUCUUAUUAAGUCAGUGUCAUAUGAAGUGUGUGUAUAUUAAAAGAUGUUGUAUUUGUAUUAAAUGUUGUCUCUGCUGUAUUUGUACAAUUAAAAAAUGUAUUGAUGCUAGUCUCUGUGAAGUGUUUUGUACAUUUUUUUCUCUUGCUGAAUUUUUUUAAUGUUGUGUGAGUAUUUUCCCGUGGUGGUGCUUUAGUACCAAAUAUUCAGGUUCUGUGCAAUUUGUUGGUGAAUUGGUGUUGUGUGCUUAACAUGUAUCUGAGAGAGAGUAUAAAUGAAUUCCAGCCAUAUGCAUCAAAGCCUUAAUUUAUUUUGCAAGAAUUAGAGUAGUGUCUACAAAGAAUGAAUAUUGUAUAUACUGAGAUUUUUUUCACUACCUCUAUAUUACCAUUGUGUUCACAUGACUUGUUUGUUUACAUACUUUUAUCUGCACAUACAUACACUCAGUCUGUUACUGUAGCAUGAGAGUUUAUGAGACAAUGAAAAUGAAUCAGCGUCACUUCUCUCACAUAGGUGCUUGGUUAGGUGAUCAUCAUCAUAGUUUGCACUGUUUAAAUAGUAAAUCAAUAAAUCCUAUGUCUGUUAGGAACUUGAUGUUAUUUUACUAUUCUAAGGGAACCAUUAUGAAUUGUCAAAACUUACUGUUGCAGUGAAUUCAUGAAGAAUCUAUAAAAUUCACACUGUGAUUAUUCAGUUGCAGAAAAGAACAGUACACAGACCUGAGGAGAUGUAUUUGUCCAGUUUUGACAAUAUCAUCAUCAGAUAUACAUGUAUUUCUGAUGAAGACAUAGUCAGACCAAUCUCUUGCACUGCGAAGGUAUGCAUUCUUAUUCGUAACUUAUUCUACAUUUGUUGCUAUAAACACUGUUCAGGAUAUUGAUAUUGUUGUCUUACUGUCAUUGAAACCUGUGUUGUGUAUAGUAUUUUUUCCUGAUAAUAUUGUUACACAUGAUGUCAAAGAAAUGAGUUUGAUACUUUUUUUUUAGAUAAUUAUAGUAAAUGUUACCUUUGUAACCCAUCUACAGAAAAUAGUGAUAAUGGAUAAGGUGAUGUGAUAGAAAGUAUAUUAUGAAUCAUUUAUUCCAGUAUUCAGAUGACUUCUGUAGAGUGCAGAUACACAUAUGAAUAGGAAUUAUACAAAGAGAAUGAAUAACACUGGUGAGAUUAAAAUCUGUAAUCUUCAUUACUUCUAUUGUUAUUUCAUCAUUGCAUGUAUUGGUGUUACCUCCUUAGUAAUUGUCUUCCUUUGGAAUUGUUGAAAGCCGUUGUGGUUGUGAAUUCAAUGUUGGUGGCUCAAUGUGUGUAAGCAUUUCCCAUACCAUCAGACACUCAAUGUCUUGAAUACAGUCUAACUUACUAUGUUGUCUCAUCACUACGGGUCUUCUUUGCUCAUUCAGUGUAACAGAACUCUGCUGUCGUUUCUUAGUCCAUGCAGCUUUUCUCUUCAGGGCAUUGACAUAUAUAUCCUUACAUAUACCUCCCACAGUGUUAUUAUCGUUAAUAUUGUUUUGAGUAUCAGUAUAAUGGGCAUUCUAUAGUUUCUAGUCCCAUAGAAACAAGGAGAUAUUGUUGCAGGAA